ACGUGGAAGCCUUGCAGUGGUCGUCUGUGGCUGUUGUUUUUAAUAUUUUUAAAAUCGUAAAUUUGGAGGAAAGUUUCAUAUUCUAAAUAAAAAUCAGUGCGAGGGGUUUUGCGAUGUGCACAUAUAAUUUUGCAAUAAUAAUAUGUCGGCGUGGUAUUGGCGGAUGAUUGCUUUGAAAGCGGCGUUCGUGCUUACAUGUUUUGUAUCAUACAUUCGAGCUGAUACUAUCCAGAAGUUGCCCUUCUGUAACCCCCACACUGCUAACGAUGCAUCAGCUUAUAAAGACUUGGUUAUAGUAAGCACACUCGAUGGGAAGGUCACAGCCUUCUCUACUGAAGAUGGGAUCAAAGUCUGGGCACUGGAAACUCAGCCAUUGCUUUCAUCUAAUUUACACCAUGUUGAGUUGACAUCAAAUGGCAAAUGGGUGCGGUUGGUGCCAUCCCUACGCGGCACUCUCUACAGCCUGAGCGGUGACUCGAUCGAGCCUUUGCCCUUUGACGCUGACCAGCUGUUGUCGGCUUCGUUCAAAUAUUCCGAAGAUUUGGUCAUAGCUGGUGCUAGAGAAACCUUAUGGGUCGGUGUUGAUGCACACAAUGGCAAAAUCAUAUACGAAUGUAGCUCCAGUGGGUGUAACAGCGAGCAACAGACGGCGAGUGCGGGGCGCGAUGUUCUAGUGUUGAGGAGACAUUCUAACACUGUGAGAGCUUUGGACCCACGCUCUGGGACUGAAAAAUGGAACUUCAGCGUAGCAGAGCACCAAAUGGCCCUGAGCCGAAGAGAAUGCGCCGGUGCCAGCGGGCCACCAACUUCGGUCGCGAUAGCUGUCGCUUUACCCGAGGGCGUAGUGGCUGUAAGGAAGUCCGACUCAAACCUGCCCUUGUGGCAACAUAAGCUAGACGCACCAGUAGCGAACAUGUGGAGGCUCCAAGGAGGUUUACUUGAGCACAUGGACGUAUUGUGGGAAGCCGCUCAGGCUAUCGCUGAAGUCCAUCCUUCUGUACCUUCGCUGUACUUAGGAGUACACGAUACACAGCUAUACAUUCAAGAGAGCGUACUAUACGCCCAGAAGUUACAAACAUCGAUAUCAGUGAAGCCAAUCCCGUGGAAGCUGAAACAAUCUACAGCACUACUUACCGAUAGCGACACAUCCCUAUUACCACCACAUGACGCCGACUCCAAUGCGUUAUCUGCAGUUGCUUUGCACGGCAACUUUGGAAAGAAAGAUAACACAGGAUUCUUCCUCUACCUACAAGAAACCUGUGACCAAUCGAUCCAAGUCAACGAAGACUCCUUCGACGGCCCCGACAUUGUCCUCCCAAACAACAGUGAUGACCAACCAAACGACCACCAUCACGUCCAUGUCCACGUUUAUUCUCUAUGGUUCUGGUGGAAAGAGGUCCUCUUAAUCGCCAUCAGUUCCGCUUUACUCAUGAAUCUAAUGAUCUGGCCGAGAUUCUUUGCCCCCAAGAUAAGACCUUCCACCCCUCUACCCUUAAACCAGGAGGUCAUAGUCGUGGAGAGGCAUUACGAAAGACCCCCGUCGAACAACGGCACAGAAUAUUCUGGAAGAUACGAGAACGAUUUUACCCCAUUGAGGUGUUUGGGUAAAGGGGGAUUCGGCGUGGUUUUUGAGGCGAGGAACAAUAUCGAUCAUUGUUCGUAUGCUGUGAAGAGGAUCACUUUGCCGAAACGGGAAUCAAAACGUGAACGCGUUUUACGUGAAGUACGUGCAUUAGCGAAGUUGGAACACGAGCAUAUAGUUCGUUACUUCAACGCGUGGCUGGAAGAACCUCCGCCGAAGUGGCAGGAACAAAGGGACGCCUACUGGAUGAGCGAGUUGGGCGGUGCAUCAGUAGUGAUGUCAGAAGACUACACUUCGCCCGCGUCGCCGGCUGACAAAUCUCCAGUUAAGGGAGGCAGCGUCACACUUAACCUGCAAAAGUGUGACGACUGUAUUGACGCUCUCGACUAUGAGAAGAAACUGUCCGAACCCAGACGACACCGGUCGCUAAGCUGCAACGACUCGUUCAGCAUAGUGUUCAGCGAGAACGCGUCCAAAGACCCCCACCUGACGUCAGUGUCCCCCACCAAACGUUUCAACAGUGACGUCACUCUCCCUAACAUGCUGUCGAAAAACGCCGGGAGUGGGGAUAACGAUGACUCCUUCAUAGUGUUCGCGAAUUCUCAGAAUCCCUCGGAACAUUCUAGUGGCUUGUCAGAAGCCAGGAAGGACAUCUCUAAUAAGAUAUUGGAGAAAGUUAAGGAGAGCGUCAGUUUUGCCAAAGACAGCCUUAGUAAGAAAAAAAAGAAGGGUCACACACGUCACUGGUCGCUAGACAUGUGCGUGCGCGCGCCUGAAGAAUCCAGCGGCAGUAAGAUGUACCUCUACAUACAGAUGCAGUUGUGCAGAAGGGACAGUUUGCACGAUUGGCUGAGGAACAACCGAACGUGGGAAGCUAGGAGGGAUCAGAUCAAGACACUAUUCAGUCAGAUAGUGUCAGCAGUGGAAUACGUCCACCUCGCAGGUCUCAUACAUCGAGACCUCAAGCCCAGCAAUAUAUUCUUCGCGCCGGACGGGAAGGUCAAAGUGGGGGACUUUGGGCUUGUGACCACUAUGACAGAGAACUCCCAAGAUGGCGAACAUCCGCAGGAGAUAAAUGCUUAUGCGAGUCAUACGCAUAGAGUUGGUACCCAUCUGUACAUGUCUCCAGAACAGUUGCUAGGCCGUCCAUACAGUUACAAAGUGGACAUCUACUCGCUAGGCCUUGUAUUGUUUGAGCUGUUACACCCAUUUGGAACAGAGGCCGAGAGGGUGUCCUGUUUGAUGCGACUUAGGAAUGGAAACUAUCCUGAACCAUUCCAGCAGAGUUAUCCAAAUGAGACGGAGGUGCUAAAGUUAAUGCUAUCCGACGACCCGAUGCAAAGACCGACGGCUAGUGGCGUGCGAGCGCGCGCUCCUCUAUACCAAUGUACAGACGAGCAGUUCCAUUUCACAUUGCCUACACUCGUCGCCUGUUGAGCUUUGGAAAAAGGACGAAAAAUUCAAGCCCAGUUCACUAGGGCUUUUAAAAUGAGACCCAUAGUUAUAAUAAUAUAUAGACAGAUAGAUGAUUUAUUGCACACAAUAACAUGAAAAUUAACACAACACAAAAGAAAUAAAACAGAGAAAAUAAUUGUGUGGAAAGGGGGCCUUAUUGCUUAGAGCAAUUUCUACCAGGCAACCUUUGCUGAAAGGAGAAGCUAUUUCGUAGAGUAUAUUUAUUUAUUCGACCAAGAAAACAAUUUUUACAGCAAAGAAAAUCCUUAAAUCUAGAUCAAAGUAAACAAUAAAUGUUGAAACCCGAUGGAGCACUUUGGCACCUAUACAAGGAAAACCUGUGUUACGGUUAGCAACCAUGUUUUGGAUUUGUGUAAAAUAAAUAUUCUUUGCUUUAAAUAAUAUAAUGGAUUAUAAAACGUCACAGCAGUACCACUUUUAUAAAUUACGCUGAUAUACCUGCGCAGAAAUUUCAUUUUUGAUUGGCGCGAAAUGUCUUAGCCAAUCGUAGCACGCCUCCGUCCGCUAUUGGUUGUUGACUACGCGCCAUGUUUUGUGCGCGCUUACUAUGAGCAAGACAGCGCGAGUCUCUGUUGUUCUUGUGUUAAAAACCUUAACGUCAAGUAAUAAGGUCUGUAUUUGCUUGGUGUACAUUCGGUUUUCGGUAAACGAAUUUUGCCGAUGCGACUUGGAAGGUAGGUAGGACUAUAAUGAAGUCUUUUUCCUAGUUUUUUUUUUAUUGUAUAUUAUUUAAUUAUGGGGUUAGCAACUAAAUUUUUGACAAAAACAAAUUGACACUAUUCAUUUGACUUCCUCUGUAUUAUGUCGAUUUUUAUAUACUUACCUAAGCAUUUAUUAAAACAGUAUAUCUUGUGGAUUAUUUUUCUUAUUAACUUACAAUAUUAUUCACAACACUUUUUUAUUUAAAAUAUAUGUGGCAUUGUUUUUAUAUAUAUGGAUGGUAUUCAGAUGUGGUUUUUGAUUAAGUAGAUAUAUAAGUAUCUAAAAUUAAAUCCAUCUAUUUAUCUAAGCUAAAAUCAUUUGAGCUAUUUUAGGCUUAAUUGAUGUUUUAUUUUUUGCUAAUAAGAGGUUAAUCAUAACGUUAAGUACUUUAAAUAGUCGCUUAAAGUUUAAUUUUAAUUGUAAAAUGUAGGUUAAAAUGUGAUAUUAAAUCAAGUAAUGGUUAAAAGCCAGUGUUAAUGUUAAGGUUGGUCUACAUCGAGGCUUUUACAUUGCCUUAUUUGAUUUUAAAGCAAUAAUGUUAAGUAUUAAUAAAUAAUUAAUUAAUUAAUGGAAAAGACUGGUUUAUUGGUGUUGAUGGUUUUAUGGUGUUUGUUAAAUAAAAUAUUUUGGUAUGAAUGUUGGUUAGGGAAAGAAAUGGUGUCUUAUUUAAUAAGCUUCUUAUAUGAGUAGCUUUUCAUUACAAUGUAAAAUAAAGACAUGUCCUAAAAACGAUAACAUAUAUAAAUAUAUAAAAAGUAAGUAAAACAUAUAAUAUAUAAAUGUAUAAACCUGUAAACCAAAAUUGAUUUUCAAAUUACUAUGACCUAAACAAGUAAUAAAACGCCUAUAGCAUGAAUACUAAAAUGAUUAUAAAUAAUUAUGAAUACUUUUUAUUUUGAUGUAUUGUGAAGUUCUAUAUGUAUGUUUUUGUCAUAAUACAAUUAUGUAUGUAAAUAUUAUUAAGACAUUGUGAAACAAUGUACAAAGUAACGGUUUCAUAUUAUAAGAGUACGUACGCUUGUACAGACAGACAUACUUCGGUAUGCCCCAUGUUUAGAUUUAAGUAGGAAUAUCAUAACAAAGAAACAAAAAAGUUUUUGAAAUAAACUCAUUAUUUUUAUCCCUUUAUACUUAUGUAUUAUAAAAUUAUAAGUUUGUGCCUUUGUUAAAACCACUGAAUUAAUUUAAACGGGACUUUCCUAGUUUAGAAGCAUAGUCAGAUUUACAUACAGGGCAUUGAACAAAAUCGGUUCAGUGAAAGCCAAGAAAGUUAUUUUUAUAUGUAUAAAUAAUUCUGAGAAUAAAAAAUCGGUCAAAUGUAAGUCUGACUCGCACACGAAGGAUUCCGUCCUAUCGUACAAGA